UGCCCCAAAGAACCGAAGAAGAAAUUACCCGGAAGUUUACAUCUAAGCCAAUCGGGUAUUAGCACAGUUAGCAUUUAGCAACUUAAAUUAUUACUUUUCUGUCUCCAUAGUUUGGAUUCUCUAAAAAAACACAACCAUGUCUGAAAGAAAAGUUUUGAACAAAUACUAUCCUCCAGAUUUUGAUCCAGCGAAAAUCCCAAAACUCAAACUCCCUAAAGAUCGACAAUAUGUGGUCCGAUUGAUGGCCCCGUUCAAUAUGAGGUGUAAAACAUGUGGUGAAUACAUUUAUAAGGGAAAGAAGUUCAAUGCUCGAAAAGAGACAGUUCAAAAUGAGCUGUAUAUGGGAUUACCUAUUUUCCGCUUUUAUAUAAAGUGCACCCGCUGCCUCGCUGAGAUCACAUUUAAGACUGACCCAGAAAACACAGACUAUGCGAUGGAGCAUGGAGCCACAAGAAAUUUCCAGGCAGAGAAACUUAUUGAGGAGGAAGAAAAGAGGAUCCAACAGGAAAGAGAAGAUGAAGAACUCAAUAACCCAAUGAAGGUGUUGGAGAACCGCACUAAGGACUCUAAAAUGGAGAUGGAGGUCUUGGAGAACCUUCAGGAGCUAAAGGAAUUGAACCAGAGACAGGCUUUAGUGGACUUUGAAGGAAUGAUCGACCAGUACAGAGAACUGGAGAGGAGAGAGCGGGAGAGAGAGCAAGAAGAGGACGAGCGGGAGACUAAGGAGAUGUUGGAUCGUGUUCUUGUGAAAAGACUGAGAGACUCUGACUCUGAUUCAGACGAUGAGAAGCAGAGAAAAAGCAUAAGGACCAACAACACUGAUAUCAAAGCUACAGACAUCCUGACCACUGACAAGUCCACUGAUGCACAGGGAGGCUCCUCUGGAGGGGUGAAGAAAGUGGAGAGUUGGGAGAGGAGUGUGGGGACGCUGAGUGGUAAAAGCAAUUUGGGAUCUCUGGUCGUACGAAAGAAACUUGCACCAGCUGUGAACAAACCCAGUGAAUCAACAGCAAGUGCUCCCACCUCACAAACUGAUUUGAAAUCUGAUUCUUCCACUGUACCGAAGCCCACAUCUAUACAAAAUGGGUCAUCCUCGCUGAGCCUGCUGGGGGCGUAUUCAGACAGUGACAGUAAUGACAGUGAAUAGGGACAAUGUGUUCUGUACUGUGCUGUGUAUAACAAAAAGACUGUGGUUAUGCAGACUAGAAGAACAUAUAAUUUUGUAUUAAUACUAUUGCAUAAAUUUAUUGUAUUUUAAUAGCUUAAUGGUGCAUUAUGUAACUUUUCUUGUGCAGGUUUCGCUACCUACUUGCCUCCAUGGAGAUGUUACUUCUUUGUAUGGGUUCUUCCACAGUAUGGUGUUUUAUUAAUAGUUUUCUUUCAUAUUCAGUAACAGAUGUUCUUACUGCAAGAAAACGCCUUAUAAAAGUACACACUCUUACUGUGAUUACCUCUCCACAUAUUAAACCUUUAACUUGGUCUGAUGGAGUUAUGUGCUUGUCUCCAUGGAGAAAGAUGAGUUUAAUGCCCUACUGUGGACCAUUUUCAUGGAGACAUGCAAGUGGUAGACUACACUAUAAAUGUUUUAUAAUGCACCUUUAAAAUGAUGUGUGACAAUUUUAAUGUAUUUUCUGUUGUGAAGUGCACAUUUUGUUUAUCUGUAACCUCUUAACAUGUCUGAAUAAACAAAUUAUGUCCAAA